GGUAGCUUGUCCGAAGGACAUACCGGAAAGAGAACUAAAUGCCCUGUAACAUCCACUGAUACCGAGAGAUCUCCUCUUGUGGGCUGGGAAGCACAAUCGUGUGAUUUCUUGCUGCUGCGCGAGAUGAGCGACUAUCUCGAGACCAAGAGCAGCUUGUCCUUUAGGACAAACAUGAUCACCCUGUCUGCAUUCGCGGAUGUCCUACGCAGCGACCCGGAAUCGUUUGGCUUCACAUUCUGGGGUCCACGAGAGAUAUUUCGCCAGGCCCUCCAGUACGGCAACGACGCCCUCGCGGAGGACUCACAGGCUGCGUUUGCAGAGAUCAACAACCUCGGCCUGUGGGCUCACUCUGACGUGGCAGAGAAGUUUUGGAAGGUCGAGCCGGACGGCCAGCUCGGCCUCAUGUUUCGUGAGGAAGUUCUCAAGGCUGGCAUCGCCGAGUUCGUGCAUGCCAAGCUCCGGGACAGCGCGACGUACUUUGACGGUCUUAGCGGCUCGCCUCUUAAGGUGAUUCUCCGGGAGGCCAACCUCGGACCGCAACAUCUCCGCAUCAUGGAGAGUAUUAUCAAGGCGGACAGGGCGAUGAAAGUUCAUGAGCCUGUAGGCAAUAUGUGUUUCUGUGAUUGUUGCACAGUAGAAUAUCCAGAGAAGGGGGAGGCUAACCACUACUGCAGUGCUACCUACCGACGAGAUUCAAUGGGGCCAUGUACGGCAUAUUCCUCGAUCACGUAGCCGAGAAUGAGGUACUACCAAGCGUUGCAGAAACCGCCCUCGACGAGCUUGUACC